CCCCUCUUUUUUCUCCCCUCAUUUCUAGAAAAUUCAAUCACUCACCUCACUUUCUCCCAAUUUCGCAGCAUCCCCAAAAUUUCCGCAAAUUAGGGUUUUCAGAUCUUCAUCAUCGUCGUCGGAGAACGCAGAAAAUGGGGAAGAUUCCGGUGAAAAUGAAGGCAGUGCAAUACGCUUUAUCUCCAUACCAGCAGAAAGUGAUGCCUGGAUUAUGGAAAGAUCUGCCUGGGAAACUGAGCCACAAAGUGACGGAAAAUUGGAUCAGCGCGACGCUUUUGCUUACUCCUCUCGUCGGAGUUUACUCCUAUGUUGGAUGGUACCAGGAGAAGGAGAAAUUGGAACAUCGCUUUUAAUUUUUUUUUGAUUUUUCGAGGUUUUUCUUCGUAUUUUAUCUCUCUCUAUUAUCAAUUGUCUGAGUUUAUUGUGUUUUUAAUCUCAGAUCUUGGGUUUUUGUUAUGGGGGAAAUUGUAGAAGUUAUUCUACUCUUGGAUUUAAUGUGAAUGAUAAAGUUUCGGUGAUAUUUGAACAAAGUUGGAAUAAAUUUGGGUUGGUUUUA